AUGGUUUGCGAAGGAAACAUCACCAACCAGUGCUUCAUCGAGCAUCUCAAUCCGGCAAGGACGAACCUCAGCUCGUUCCGUGCCAAACUGCCUGCAGGUGUUGUGUUUGUACAGCUUCGUCACCUCGAAACUUCAGCAAUCGAUCAGUCGGUUUUCAACUGCUUUGGAAACUCUGUCGUGCAGGUGAACAUCGUGGAUUCGCGAGCAUUGCUGCAGAUCAUUGUGCCCAGCAGUUUCACCGCCAAGCAGCUUGAAGUUAGAAAAACACAGCUCCACUGGAUACACUUCCAAGCGAACGAAGCCAUUACGGAGCUGUGGAUCAGCGUCAGUAAUCUGAAGGAGCUGCCGCCGUCGCUUAAGAGUUUGAGCAAUUUGGCUUCCCUGCAGCUGAAACGUUCCAACAUUCAACAGCUUAAUCUGGACCUGAUACAGUGGUGUCGUUCGUUAGACUCGUUGGAUCUUACAGACAACAGUCUUCAUACGAUCACGACCACCCUCGGCAGCGAGCAUAGACGCAACCUCUUCCUGCUGAACGUAAGUAACAAUCAGCUCAGAAUCCUGAACCUCGAAGUACUUGCGCCGCUCGGUUGGUUUAAGCACGUGGAUCUAUCGCACAACAAAAUAGAGCUGUUGGUUGGUCGAUUCUCUAGCGAUCAUCUCUACAAGCUAGAUCUUUCCAACAAUCGGCUCAAAACGCUUGACUUUUGUCAAUGGCAGCGGAUUCCCAGUCUGGGUGUGCUAUUUCUUAAUUCGAACGAACUUUCGCGUGUCCCGAAUUGUCUGGCUCGUCUACCCGCCGUCUUCUACAUUAAUCUGAGCAACAAUAUGCUUCGGAACGUACACAUGGACGCUUUCGGUGAUAUGGACAGGUUGGUGUGUUUGGAUUUAUCGGCAAACCGCAUUGCGCUGAUUAGCUUCCGCGAGGAGAAAUAUCCCACCCGGCUCAGGAGAUUGAUAUUGAGCAAGAAUAAAAUAGAAUGUGGGCAGCCGACCGACAUGCCAUUUUGUGCACUGGACAUCGAGUUCCACCCGAGUCAAGCGCAGAGUUGCUGGGCGCGAAAUGAUAAUACGCUUCAAAAGCAACUAGUAAUUGACACCUAG